CCGUGGCGUGGCAGUGCCAGGGGGCCCCACGUCACAGGGUCGGCCGGGCUCUGCCGCCUCGGCAUCGCUCUCAUUCCUGCCGGCACACGGUGAGCAGCAGCACAGCUCGGCUCGGAUCCCCCGACUUACAGACAGGGAGAGAUGGCGGGUGGCAUUUUCUCCCCACUGGGGAGCUGCUCGGAGCUGGAGAAGGCCAAUUGCCAUCCGCUGGUGUGCCUGCUCUGCCACGAGCCCUACCAGCACCCCUGCCUGCUGGACUGCUACCACAACUUCUGUGCCAGCUGCCUGCGAGGCCGUGCCAGCGAUGGGCGCCUGCGUUGCCCACUCUGCGGGCACCCCUCAGUGGUGAGGGGAGGCACGGGGCUGCCCCCCGUGGACCGGCUGCUGCAGUUCCUGGUGGACAGCUCGGCCGACAGCGAGGAGGACGUGCAGUGUGCCAACUGCGACCGCUGCUGCACCAAGGCGGAGCUGGACACCAUGUACUUCUGCAACACCUGUGGGCAGCCCCUCUGUGCCCCAUGCCGUGAGGAGACUCACCGUGCCAGGAUGUUCACCCGCCACGAGAUCGUCUCCCUCUCCAAGCGCACCAAAGACAUCCACAAGAAGUGCCCACUGCACGAGGAGCCCUACAUCAUGUUCUCCACCGAGAAGAAGUCCAUGCUCUGCAUCAACUGCUUCAGGGACAUGCAGGGGGAGAGCCGGGCACACUGCAUCGACAUCGAGACGGCGUACAUGCAGGGCUGCCAGAGGCUGGACCAGGCAGUGAUGGCUGUGAAGGAACUGCAGACCUCCACGCGUGAGGCCAUUGUCCUGCUCAAGGCCAUGAUCGAGGAGGUUCGCAACAGUGCCAGCGAGGAGGAGGCGGCCAUCAACUCCCUCUUCAGCCGCAUGCAGGAGCAGCUCUCUGAGAGGAAAAAGACACUCCUGAAAGCUGUGCAGAGCCAGCACGAGGAAAAGGAGAAGGCAUUCAAGGAGCAGCUCGCCCACCUUGCCUCCCUGCUGCCCACUCUGCAGGUCCACCUGGUGACCUGCUCGGCCUUCCUGAGCUCUGCCAACAAAGCCGAGUUCCUGGACCUGGGCUAUCAACUGAUGGAGAGGCUGCAGAGGAUCGUCAAGCUGCCACACCGCCUGCGGCCGGCCCAGACCAGCAAGAUCAACAGCGAGUACCGGGCAGAGUUUGCCCGCUGCCUGGAGCCCCUCCUGAUGCUCAGCCCCCGCCGCUCCGUGGUGGGCAGCGCUGGUGGCAUUGGACCUGGCAUCACUGGCACAAACAUGCUCCCCGGUGGCCAAUGCUCCAAGACCCUCAUGGUGCCCAGCUGCCCCCCCACCAGUGACAAAAUGUCCACCGGCCCCAUGGUGAAGAAGCCAACGAUGCACCGGUACAUCAGCACCAAGGUGCUGCUGGCUGAGGGGCGUGAGACCCCCUUUGCCGAGCACUGCCGCAACUACGAGAACACCUACCGGAUGCUGCAGACGGAGAUCCAGGGCCUGAAGGACCAGGUGCAGGAGCUGCACCGUGACCUCACCAAGCAUCACUCACUCAUCAAGUCGGAGAUCAUGAGCGAGAUCCUGCAGAAGUCGCUGCAGAUGGACGUGCAGAUCGCAGCUCACUACUCCGCCGUGGAGAUGAUGCGCAGCGUCUUUGAGGAGGUUUGGGAGGAGACCUACCAGCGGGUAGCAAAUGAGCAGGAGAUCUAUGAAGCCCAGCUCCAUGACCUGCUGCAGCUGCGGCAGGAGAACAGCUGCCUGAGCACCAUCACCAAGCAGAUCGCGCCCUACGUCCGCUCCAUCGCCAAAGUGAAGGAGCGGCUGGAGCCCAGGCUGCAGGAGCCCCAGGAGCCCAGAGAAGAACAGGACCAGAUGCUGCUCAAGAUCUGUGACAAUGAAGUGGUGACAAGGGAUGCCUCACCUGGCAGCAACAAGGGGGCUUCAGCCAGCCCCGGGGAGGGCUUCAUACCCAGGGACACCCCUGGAGACUCGUCCCCAAAAAACAAAGACUGCUGCAGGGGCCAGCACAAGAGCGGAGCAGAGACUGCUGCCCCAAAAGAGCCAGCACCGUAGAGCCCAGUGCUGGGCACGUGGCAGAGCUGCUGGGCAGAACCAUGCCCCAGUCACUGAUCAGCUCCUCUUGCCCAGUGCCACAAACCAGGGCAGCAAACAGCCUGGGCAGCCGUGUCUGCAGCACAUACAAAGGCCUCAGGUGGACUUGCUUCUGAAAAACUCUCUUUGUGCUCUUCCUUGCGUGUGUCAGAGUGAAAUAAAAGGGUGCAGUUGUC